GGCACCACUGCAUGCACCUCUCUGACGUGGAUACGCGUGGCGCUCUGCGUGUCCAAAAACACUCGUGGUGGCUGCAGAUAGUGAACAUCUUGAAUGAAAGUGCCACUUUCCGUCAGCAAAAUGUUCAAAUUGGUUGUUAUUUUCGCGGCGCUCCUCGCCUCCGCCUUCUGCAACACGGAGGAAGAGACGGGGCCCCGACUCCUAGUCUCCAAGCAAAUCCUCAACCGCUACUUGGUCGAAAAUAAAGACAUUGAAGUGAAGUACACCUUGUACAACGUGGGGACUUCGGCGGCCGUGGGGGUCCAGUUGGUGGACAACGGCUUCCACCCCGAGGCCUUCGAAGUCGUCGGGGGGCACCUCUCCGCCAAGUUCGAGCGCAUCCUCCCCCAGACCAACGUCUCGCACGUCGUGGUUGUGAGGCCCAAACGCUACGGGUACUUCAAUUUCACGAGUGCCGAAGCCACGUACAAGAACUCGGAUGCGUCUGUUGUACAAGUCUCCCUAAGCAGCGAGCCGGGCGAGGGUGGUAUUAUUGCCUUCCGUGACUAUGAUAAAAAAUUCUCCUCUCACACUUGGGACUGGUUGGCUUUCACCCUCAUGACCACCCCCUCGUUGGCCAUCCCCUUGGCUCUGUGGUACGGUAGCAAGAGCAAGUACGAAAAACUCGUCAAACCCACGAAGAAAGCGCAUUAAAUACGUUGUUUUUGUAACAGUUUAAUUUAUAAUUGUUGUAUUUUUGUAAUAAAUUUUUUCCCAAAA